GAUGCCGUAGCGACGUUCACUACCAGUGAACGUUGAAACUUGUCUUGCUGUCAGCACAUCGGAUCGCACGGUUCACCUGUUAGACAUACAUUACAGGCUCCCAGCAUGGUCAGCCUCACUAAGCUAGUUGUACCCCAGGAGAGAGUUUCGUUGUCGGUGUCGACUUUUUCAACAUUUUUCUUGCCGGCCUUUGCUUCCUACUUUGCAAUGGGUGUGUUGGUUCAACGAAAACGCACUGCAAUAAUCCGCGUUGCGCUGCUUCCAGUUACAUUGCUAUGCGCAUAUCGAGCUGGCUCGUCGCUCGAUCUUUCUCUCGGCAUUCCGAACUACCGUUUCCUCAAUCAAGGCUUAGUUCUCGCCAUAUUUACCCUUUCGAUGCGAUCGGCCGCUUGGGCUUUCGCAAAAAAACCAUAUAAACGAAUCGCUUUGCAACUGAAAAAAGAAUUCAACGAUGAUACCAUGUCAAGCAGCCCAAGCAACCAGUUGACUAGCGUUGAUGAUACUCCACUGUUUACCGCUAUCUGGAACGCAUGGGAUCUAUCAGUUAACCUUCGCGGGAUUGGGUGGGAUUGGGCAGAAGGCUUACGCAUUCCAAAGAGCAGUCUUGGAACAAAGUCAAAGUUGGAAUUCCUGCUCAUCACUUUCGUGAAGCUACUAUUCUAUGCACUCGCAUUUGACGCUACCUCUGGAGCUGCUCGCGAUUUUUCUCCAGAAACAUUUGGAUCAACCAAGGGGGGCACAAUAUUUGACGCAUCGCUGCCACCCUUCAGUCGCUAUACCCGAUCUACCAUCAUUACAAUCCUCUCUGGUUGGACAGCAUAUUUUGUGAUUGAAUUGGUGUAUCAGAUACACACCAUCGAGUUCGUCUUGUUAUUCAGACAAACACCGUCUCAAUGGCCACCCUUGUUUGAUACCCCGUGGCUUUCAACAUCGUUGACCAGCUUUUGGGGUCACAAGUGGCAUCAAUUGUUUCGAGAGGGCUUCAUAUCAGUCGGUGCUCGACCAUUGUCAUACCUGCUUGGUCGCACUGGAGGAGUGAUGGGCGCAUUUCUUGUCUCAGGCGCUCUGCACUAUCUUGGAUUGAAAGCAAUGGAACAAGGUGGUUACCCAGUUGUUGUGUUUGGAUUCUUCAUCAUGCAAGCCAUCGGUCUAAUUCUUGAAGGCAUGUGGAAGAGACAUACAGGCUUACGUGUUGAUGCAUUUUCGGGGUUGUUGUGGACUUGGCUUUGGAUAAUCUUCUGGGCUAACUUCAUGGUUGAUGCAUGGGCGAGAGUUGGUUUGGUCGGGUCCAAGUUCUUUCCUGAUGAUUACAGACCGACAGUCUUACUUGUUUACUUUUUGAAACAUGGUUUUAAGCUAUUUGGAUUUUCUGAGAGAUUGUUUGAUGUAGCUCAAAGGUGUUGAUCGCAUGGCUGUAUAUAUAAUUAUAAUACAGCUUGAGAAUAACAAGCAGCACAAAAGUUGUCACUGUCCAUGCACAUACUACAUAGUACCACAGGAUCCUGGCAGAAAGAUAUUGAUGAUCCUAAAAGUCUGAUACAUCUUUAAAGUCUAGUCAUCCACUCUGGAAUAUAUCUGUUAUGUAUACACUGUAGAUAGUAGUUCCAGUGAAAAUCAGAGCAAAAUGUGCUGAUGCUGAAUGUUUCAGAGUAACUUCCUGAAUCAGGAUUAGACACCAAACACACACAGUAUUCAAUAUUCAAUAUUUAACAUUCGCUGUCAUGUGACAGCACCUUAUUCAUCUGGAUGAUAUAGAAUUUUUGGCAGCUGGUAGCAUGGUGAAUUUUUU